UCGGGCACUUUCGCUUUCGUGUCUCUCCAGCUGCGCCACAGCCGGAUCGGGAGCGGCUGCCAUGGCUCCAGCGCUGGGGCUGGGGCUGCUCUUGGGGCUCCUGGGGCUCCUGGGGGACCCGGGGGCCGCGACGAAAGUUCACUCCCUGCAUUACCUGACCGUGGCGGUGUCAGAGCCCAGCCCGGGGGUCCCCCAGUACACGAUCAUUGGGUUUGUGGAUGGGAUCCCCUUCGUGCGCUACGACAGCGAGCGGGGCCGGAUGGAGCCGCUGACGCAGUGGAUGAAGGAUGGAGCCGAGCCGGGAUAUUGGGAUGGGCAGACCCAGAGUGCUGUGAGGCACCAGCACCUGGAUGCCAGGAACCUGGAGAUACUGCAGGAGCGGUACAACCAGAGCAGGGGUCUCCACACUGCGUUGUGGGCUAGUGGCUGUGACCUCCUGUCCGAUGGGAGUGUCCGCGGAUCCUUCCAGUAUGGCUACGACGGGCGGGAUUUCAUCUCCUUUGACCUGGGCUCCGGGAAAUUCCUGGCGGCCGACAGCGCUGCCGAGAUCACCAGGAGGCGCUGGGAGCAGGAGGAGGAGGCUGAGAGGUGGACAUAUUACCUGAAGCACGAAUGCCCUGAAUGGCUCCGGAAAUACGCUGGAUUCGGGCAGAAGGAGCUGGAGCGCAAAGAGCCCCCUGAUGUCCACGUGUCCGGAAAAGAGGAAUAUGGGACGCUGAUCCUGUCCUGCCACGCGUACGGAUUCUACCCCAACACCAUCACAGUCAGCUGGAUGAAGGAGAAUGCAACCUUGGAUCAGGAGAUGGAGUGGGGCGGGAUCGUUCCCAACAGCGAUGGCACCUUCCACACCUGGGCCAGGAUCAAGGCGCUGCCGGAGGAGCGGGAGCAGUACCGGUGCAAGGUGGACCAUCCCGGAAUGCUGGAGCCCGGGCUCUUCGCUUGGGAGCCGACGUCUGGCAGGAAUCUCACCAUGGCGGUUGCUGUGUCUGUCAUCGCUGCCAUCCUCAUCCUCACUGUCCUCAUCGGAUUCGGUGUCUGGAAGCUCCAAUCCGGUAACACACAGGAUGGGGGGUGGGAAGGGGCACGGAUCCAGCCGCACCGUUCUGGGAAUCCUGUGUCACCGAUGCUGAUCCCACUUUGUUUCCACAGGGAGGAGGGACAGGAGUGGAUACAACGUGGCAGCCGGGAAGGACGUGGGAAUGAAUGGCUCAACCGCAGGAAUCACCGCCUGAGCGAUCCAUGGAGCUGCAUCCGGCCUCUUCCCUCUUCCCAGGAAAGCUGAGAGUUGCCAGCAGAGCUCAUCCCGCUGCUCCCACCCACCCCACAGCUCUUGCUAACUGAUCCAUGUCCUGUUUUCCAUUUCCUAAUGUUUUCAUGGCAAGAACCACAAAUACUCCCAGUGCUUCGCUUCUGGUGUGAAAUUAUCCUGCUUUGGGCAAUAAAUUGAUCUUGGGGCAAUAAUUUGAUCUUGGGGCAAUAAAUUGAGAUUUGGGGCAAUAAAUCGGUGUUCCCUC